GCACCAACUCACUCCGUCCGCCCGCGGCUGUGCCCAGCCGUGCUCGCCUUCCUCGCCCCGCGGAGUCGGCCCCAUGGACGCCCUGUGCGGUUCCAAGUUCUGGGACUCCAACCUGUCUGUGCACACGGACAACCCGGACCUCACUCCAUGCUUCCAGAACUCCCUGCUGGCCUGGGUCCCCUGCAUCUACCUGUGGGCCGCUCUGCCCUGCUACCUGCUCUACCUGCGGCACCACCAUCAUGGCUACAUCGUCCUCUCCCGCCUGUGCAGGCUUAAGACGGCCCUGGGUGUCCUGCUGUGGUGUGUCUCCUGGGCGGAUCUCUUCUACUCCUUCCAUGGCCUGGUGCACGGCCAGGCCCUUGCCCCUGUCUUCUUCAUCACCCCCCUGGUGGUGGGGAUCACCAUGCUGCUGGCCACCCUGCUGAUCCAGUACGAGCGGCUGCGGGGUGUGCAGUCCUCGGGGGUCCUCAUCAUCUUCUGGUUCCUGUGCGUGGUCUGCGCCAUCAUCCCCUUCCGCUCCAAGAUCCUUGCAGCAAUGGCAGAGGGCGCCAUCUCAGACACCUUCCGCUUCUCCACCUUCUACAUCUACUUCGCGCUGGUCCUGUCGGCGCUGGUCCUGUCCUGCUUCAGGGAGAAGCCGCCCUUCUUCUCCCCCAAGAACUCGGACCCUAACCCCUGCCCAGAGGGCAGCGCUGGCUUCCUCUCCCGCCUGUCUUUCUGGUGGUUCACAAAGCUGGUCAUCCUUGGCUACCGGCGGCCCCUGGAGGAGCAGGAUCUCUGGUCCCUGAAUGAGGACGACCGCUCCCAGAUGGUGGUGCAGCGGCUGCUCCAGGCGUGGGAGCAGCAGCAAAAGCAGGCUGCGCGGCAAACGGCUGCAGCAGCAUCUGGGAAGAAAGCGUCGGGAGAGGCCGUGGGACUGCUGAGCGGCCGGCCCCAGGCCCAGGAGCCGUCCUUCCUGAGGGCCCUGCUGGUCACCUUCGGCCCCACCUUCCUCAUCAGCACCUUCUUCAAGCUGAUCCAGGACCUGCUGAACUUCACCAACCCGCAGCUGCUCAGCAUCCUGAUCAGGUUCAUCUCCAACCCCAAGGCCCCCAGCUGGUGGGGCUUCCUGGUGGCCGGGCUGAUGUUCCUGUGCUCCGUGACGCAGACGCUGAUCCUGCACCAGUACUACCACUGCAUCUUUGUGACGGCCCUGAGGCUCCGCACCGGCAUCAUCGGUGUCAUCUACAGGAAGGCGCUGGUCAUCACCAAUUCUGUGAAACGUGAGUCCACAGUGGGAGAAAUGGUCAACCUCAUGUCAGUGGACGCCCAGCGCUUCAUGGACGUUUCACCCUUCCUCAACCUGCUGUGGUCAGCACCCCUGCAGGUCAUCCUGGCAAUCUACUUCCUCUGGCAGAUCCUGGGUCCCUCCGUCCUGGCUGGAGUUGCCCUCAUGGUCUUGCUGAUCCCACUCAAUGGAGGUGUGGCCAUGAAGAUGCGUGCUUUCCAGGUGGAGCAAAUGAAGUUCAAGGACUCGCGCAUCAAGCUGAUGAGCGAGAUCCUGGGUGGCAUCAAGGUGCUGAAGCUGUACGCCUGGGAGCCCAGCUUCCUGAAGCAAGUCGAAGACAUCAGGCAGAACGAGCUCCGGCUGCUGCGCAAGUCGGCCUACCUCCAGGCCGUCUCCAACUUCAUCUGGGUCUGCACGCCCUUCCUGGUGACCCUGAUAACCCUCGGAGUGUACGUGUGCGUGGAUGAGAACAACGUGCUGGAUGCCGAGAAGGCCUUCGUGUCCGUGUCCUUGUUCAACAUCUUAAAGGUGCCCCUCAACAUGCUGCCCCAGCUCAUCAGCAACCUGACUCAGACCAGCGUGUCUCUGAAACGGAUCCAGCAUUUCCUGACCCAAGAUGAACUUGACCCCCAGUGUGUGGAGAGAAAGAUCAUCUCCCCAGGCUAUGCCAUCACCGUCCAGAGUGGCACCUUCACCUGGGCCCAGGACCUGCCACCCAUCCUGCACAGCUUAGACAUCCAGAUCCCAAAAGGGGCACUGGUGGCCGUGGUGGGGCCUGUGGGCUGCGGGAAGUCCUCGCUGGUGUGCGCCCUACUGGGAGAGAUGGAGAAGCUGGAAGGCAAGGUGUCUGUGAAGGGCUCCGUGGCCUACGUGCCCCAGCAGGCCUGGAUCCAGAACUGUACGCUUCAGGAAAACGUGCUUUUCGGCCGGCCCAUGGACCCCAAACGCUACCACCGGGCUCUGGAGGCUUGUGCCCUGCUUGCUGACCUGGAGGUGCUGCCUGGUGGGGACCAGACGGAGAUCGGAGAAAAGGGCAUCAACCUCUCGGGGGGCCAGCGGCAGCGGGUCAGCCUGGCCCGAGCGGUUUACAGCGACUCCGACGUCGUUCUGCUGGAUGACCCGUUGUCGGCCGUGGACUCCCACGUGGCCAAACACAUCUUUGACCAAGUCAUCGGGCCGGAAGGUGUGCUGGCUGGCAAGACUCGGGUGCUGGUGACGCACGGCAUCAGCUUCCUGCCACAGACGGACUUCAUCAUCGUGCUGGCUGAUGGGCAGGUGUCCGAGGUGGGCCCCUACUCGGCCCUGCUACAGCAGAACGGCAGCUUUGCCAGCUUCCUUCGCAACUAUGCCCUUGACGACGACCAGGAGGAGCAGGGCAGCAGGACCGCCUUGCAAGGUGCAGAUGAGGAGGUACUGCUGAUCGAAGACACGCUUAGCAACCACACCGACCUGACGGACAACGAGCCUGUCCUGUACGAGGUCCGCAAGCAGUUCAUGAGAGAGAUGAGCACCAUGUCCUCAGAAGGGGAGGGCCAGGGGCGGCCCGUGGCCCGGAGACGCCUGGAUUCAUCUGAGAAGACGGUGCAGGCGACAGAGGCGAAGGCGACUGGGGCGCUGACCCAGGAAGAGAAGGCGGAGACUGGCGUGGUGAAGCUGAGUGUGUUCUGGGAUUAUGCCAAGGCCGUGGGGACCUACACCACGCUGGUCAUCUGCUUCCUGUACAUGUGCCAGAGCGCAGCCGCCAUCGGGGCCAGCGUGUGGCUCAGUGAGUGGAGCAACGAGGCCUCAAUGGACGGGAGACAGAACACCACUUCCCUGCGGCUGGGCGUCUACGCUACCUUGGGAAUUCUGCAAGGGCUCCUGGUGAUGAUGUCGGCGCUCACAAUGGCAGUGGGUGGCAUGCAGGCCGCGCGCCUACUGCACCACUCCCUGCUGCACAACAAGAUGCACUCUCCGCAGUCCUUCUUCGACACGACGCCCUCUGGCCGGAUCCUUAACCGCUUCUCCAAGGACAUCUACGUCAUCGAUGAGGUCCUGGCCCCCACCAUCCUCAUGCUGUUCAAUUCCUUGUUCAACUCCCUCUCCACCCUCGUGGUCAUCGUGGCCAGCACGCCGCUCUUCGCCGUGGUCAUCGUACCCCUGGCUGUGCUCUACACCUUCGUGCAGCGCUUCUACGUGGCUACGUCACGGCAGCUGAAGCGGCUGGAGUCGGUCAGCCGCUCUCCCAUCUACUCCCACUUUUCGGAGACAGUGACUGGCACCAGCGUCAUCCGGGCCUACUGCCGCAGCCAAGACUUCAAGGUCCUCAGUGACAUGAAAGUGGAUGCCAACCAGAAGAGCUGCUACCCCUACAUUGCCUCCAACAGGUGGCUGGGCAUCCGAGUGGAGUUCGUGGGGAACUGUGUCGUGCUCUUCGCGGCGCUGUUUGCUGUCAUCGGGAGGAGCAAUCUGAACCCGGGGCUGGUGGGCCUUUCCGUGUCCUAUGCCCUGCAGGUGACAAUGGCUCUGAACUGGAUGGUACGGAUGAUGUCUGACCUGGAGUCCAACAUUGUGGCCGUAGAGAGGGUCAAGGAAUACUCCAAGACAGAGACCGAGGCCCCCUGGGUGGUGGAAGGCAGCCGGCCUCCCGAGGGCUGGCCCCCGCGUGGGGAGGUGGAGUUCCGUGAUUACUCUGUGCGGUACCGGCCAGGCCUGGACCUGGUGCUGAAGAAACUGAGCAUCCACGUGUGUGGGGGUGAGAAGGUGGGGAUCGUGGGCCGCACGGGCGCCGGCAAAUCGUCCAUGACCCUCUGCCUGUUCCGCAUCCUGGAGGCAGCAGAAGGCGAGAUCCGCAUCGACGGCCUCAACGUGGCCGACAUUGGCCUCCACGACCUGCGUUCUCAGCUCACCAUCAUCCCCCAGGACCCCAUCCUGUUCUCAGGGACCCUGCGUAUGAACCUGGACCCCUUCAGCAAUUACUCAGAGGAGGACAUCUGGCAUGCCCUGGAGCUGGCCCACUUGCACAUGUUCGUGAGGGCGCAGCCCGAAGGCCUGGACUUCCUGUGCUCAGAGGGCGGGGAGAAUCUCAGCCCAUCUCAGUUGGGCCACGUUUCAAGUGCUCGGUGGCGACAUGCGGCUGGUGGCUACCCGGGGUCAGUGUGAGACACGAACAGCACUCGGCUCAGAUACACUUCUGUGAGUCAGCUCUUCUUCCCCUGCCCCCACGGCCAUUUUUACGUUCAGUCCGUGGUCACGGGGCCUCCCCAGACCUCAAAAACUAAAACAGAAAACAUGUGUUCCGCGCCUGACGGUGUUGGAAGCACUCUGGCCUGCCCUCUCUGGUUUCAUGUGUACUGCAGUCCUGGGGGCCGGAAAUGAGGCUCCACUGCAUGAACUUGACAGCCCAGCACUGCUCAGCCGGCGAGGGGGCAGGAUGGGGGCCUCGGGAAGUGGGGGUGAUUGUCCCCAGCCUGGCCUUGCUGCAUCAGAGCCACCUUCUUCACUCACACUGCCAGCGGGCUUGCCCCCAGCCCCCACCACCUCCGCCAGGCAGCCCUUUACGACUCCGCGUGCAUCUUACCUGUUUGGGGACUGGCAGGUGCACAAGCGCGUCAUCUUCCGCUUGCCAGCAGCACUUCCUGCCCCAGAGCAUCCUCCACUGACACCCAUCAGCACCAGAGACAGGAGCCGGCUCCCCUCCUCCAGCACGGAGCUGGUAGCCACUUAAAAGUAUAACCUGUGUCCUGUGCCAGUCCCGCCAUAAAUCCGCUGUGAGUUCUAGCGGGUGGCUGGCGGUUCGUUCUGCUGCCAAAACCGUCAUUAGUUGCGGGAAAGGGCCAGAGCGGGAGCCUGGCCAUCACUCUGGCCACAGUGACUCACCCUUGGGGGAGGGCUGAGGUAUUUGUCCUUGGCUGUGGGGGUGCUGUGGCCUCUGUGGCUGGGAACACAGCCUUGCUUUGUCCACUGGCUCUGGCUCCAAGGCAGGGGGUUGAAGACAUGCACCCUGUCCCUCCCUCACCUUCCCAGCAACCAGACCCGGGGAGUUCCCAGAUCCUCCCCUGCCCUGCCUCUUCAUCCUCAAAACACAGCCCUGGCCCACCUUCCCCGUGGGGGUGGGAGGUGACUGCCUGAGCUGUGUUACUUUAGGCUCAGCAAGAUGGCUACAAUGUGGCUUUGGUGCAGCUGUCUGGGAAGAGCAGAGAGCAAGCAUGCUCUUACUAAACUGUACAUCAGAAGUUAGAGACCGAGAUGGUGGGAGGGAGGUCUUGGAGGCAGGUCUGGGGCGCCCUGCCGGAAAUCCCUGCCUUUCCCUCCCCAGCGUGGGCCAGAGGCAGCUCGUGUGCCUGGCCCGAGCCCUGCUCCGCAAGAGCCGCAUCCUGGUCUUAGACGAGGCCACGGCUGCCAUCGACUU